GGCGCCUCGGAUCUCUCGCUGCCGGAAAGGUCCUGAGAGAGGCCCGAGCCAGGCCUGGGAAGUCAGCGCCCGCGGAGAGAGGGACAGGUCAGGCCCAUGAACUCCAAUCCCGAUGCCGCUUUCGCCCCUGCUAACAUCCGUUAGCUGUUCUGAGGGCCAUGGCUGAGGUGCACGUGAUCGGGCAGAUCGUAGGGGCCACCGGUUUCUCCGAAAGUAGCCUCUUCUGCAAGUGGGGCAUCCACACAGGGGCGGCAUGGAAGCUCCUGUCAGGCGUCCGGGAGGGCCAAACACAAGUGGACACCCCCCAAAUAGGAGACAUGGCCUACUGGUCCCACCCCAUUGACCUGCACUUCGCCACCAAAGGCCUCCAAGGCUGGCCCCGGCUUCAUCUCCAGGUGUGGUCCCAGGAUAGCUUUGGCCGCUGCCAGCUUGCAGGCUAUGGCUUUUGCCACGUGCCCAGCAGUCCAGGCACCCACCAGCUGGACUGUCCCACAUGGCGGCCCCUGGGCAGCUGGCGGGAGCAGCUGGCGCGGGCCUUUGUGGGUGGUGGGCCUCAGUUACUCCAUGGGGAUGCCAUCUACAGUGGGGCCGACCGCUAUCGCCUGCAUACAGCUGCGGGUGGCACUGUGCACCUUGACCUGAGCCUGUUGCUGCGCCACUUUGACCGCUAUGGUGUGGAAUGCUGAGGGACUCUGCCUCCACCGCCCCCAUCCCCAUCCCUGGACACCCAUGAGGGGCAGGAUGGUGCAGUGGUCAGAAGCGUAGGCUCUGGAGACUGCCAGAUAUGACCCCAGCCAAGGCAUGGGGCUGCUUCUGUCCUGGCUAGCACCUCAAGUCCGGUAGCUGUCCCUCUGAAGUCCAGUUUUCCCAUCUGUGAAAUGGGGGCAGCAAGUGUGUGGGGUCCCAGGGCUUUGGGGAGAGGAGGCUGCCUGGCACAUGGAAGUGUAAAUAAAGGAGAGCAGUGCU